CACAACUGCCAGCCACAGCAGUGAGAGCAUCUGGUCUGUUCCACAUUACACCCGGGGACUGCUGCCGGCUCGGACACAGAAAAGCACAAGAAACAAGUAGAAAGGGAAAACUAACCAUCUAUCAAGACAAACCACUGGCAGUAGAUCCCCUCCAAGGAGCAGAAAAUGAACAGCAAAUUCCAGAUAGUAAUUCUAGUGGUCCUUGUACUUAUCUGCGCCUACAUCUCCACAGGAAGCACCAGCAUCGUGCCGAGAUGCCUCUGCUUUCAAACGGUGAAGAAAGUGCGUUUACAGAAUGUGACAGAUUUCCUGAUAAUUCCCAAGGAUGCUCACUGCUCACGUACCCAGAUCAUACUCACAGUGAAUGUAGAAAACGAGCAAAAGGAAGCUUGUCUUAAUCCAGACUCAAAUCAAGGGAGACACCUGAUUUCAUGUUGGCAGAGAAUUGGCUACAACAUGAGCAGGAAGCACCAAUGUCUUAAAGUCCAGAGACGAAAAAAUUAGGAAAACAGGAGCUGAAAGAAUCACUGAACCAUGAUGUUAUUCAGGAUGAUAAAAAAAGAUUGAGAUCACUGAAUCUUACUUUCCUUUUUAAUUCUUUGUAGUGUUCAAUGUGGAAGCACUGCAUUUAACAGUGCUCAAACCGUCACUAAUAUUUCAGAACCACGUACUAAGACAUUGUCUGCUCAGUCUUUUGUCUUAUUGAAUCUAUUGUUGAUGUCCACUCUUGGGCUGUGACAUGUGAAACAAAGAUGAAUGCAAAGAUACAAUCUACUUAUUUCUGUUAUAAUUAAAAUCUAUGCUGCUAAUAUUAAAUUAGCACCACAUCAAAUAAUGAUCAUAUAGGAUCAGAUGUAGUUUCCUUCUUGUGUGAGAUGAUACACUUGUAAAAGUUAAUCUGCUGAAUAUUCCUUCCAGUAUCUACGAUUUGUCCAGGACACUGUGUGUAAAACGUAAUUCCAAAGGGUUUGUCUUAAGGAUUAUAUGGGUUGGCACAACAUGGAGGGCUGAAGGGCCUGUACUGUGCUGUAGUGUUUUAUGGUUCUAUGGUUCUAUGGAGUUCACAAAUAAUCUAGAUGAAAAUAUUUAUUCAAUGGUUCACAGUCCUGACUGCAGACCAGUAAUUGUAGGUCAAUUGAAACUGGUUACUGUUUACAUUAAUUUAAACUAAAGAGCACUCUUAGCAAUGUACUUUAUAAGUAUUAAUUAGAGUUUUUUAAUUUAUGCAUAGUUUGCAAUUAAGCACAGAGAUAUUUUUAUAAAGUAAUAAUCUUUCUAUUUGUUAUUCUAAAACAGAAUAUAUAUUUUGUAAGUUGAGAUUUUUUGCUAAAUUUGUUUGUAUGGAUCAAGCAUUUUAAAUGUUCUA